AACAAACAACCGAAACGCCUCAACUUGAAUCAUGCUAUAACGUUAACACUGCAUGCAAUACAAGGGAAUCCCACUAGCCCCUCAUGUUCGGUAUUCUCUGACCGUACGAAUUUGCAACUGUGCUUCCAGCAAGACCUUAAUACGCUACCAUGUCCUCCAUUCACAUCCUACAAAAUCGCCUCAAAGAUGUGUCCGACUCCCUCAAUGCAAUCAAGCCUCUCAUAAAUCGGCUGCGAAACUUCACUCAUGCCGUCGGUCAAGGCGAUGAAGCGCGCGUGGAACUUGGUGCAGAGGUUCACUCAAGACUCAAAGUUGUUGAGGAAGAGACGGAGCUGCUGAACGUGGAGGUUGAAUCGCUAGAAGGAACAGGCAAUUCCCGGAGGAAGACAGGCGAGAAUGCAGAGAAAGAGGCUGAAAAGAGGCGGGUGAUUGGAUUUGCUGAGAAGUUGACUGCGGAUUUGAAGAGGACUAGGGGAGAAUUCCGGGCAGCACAACUUCAAGCCAAUCGCAAUGCAGAGGCUGCUCGUCGGAAAGAGCGUGAAUUGUUAUUUACUCGAUCGGCAGACGACCAGGGACGCCAAUUACCGUCGGAGAAAUUCACACAGAACGAUCUGGUUGCGAAUGCAUCGUCUGACGUAACAGCUGCUCUACGAAGAACACAUGAUCUUAUGCAGGCAGAGCUAUCUCGAAGCCAAUUUGCUCAAGAGACACUAGAUCAAUCGACUGCCGCCCUCUCUUCUCUCUCCGAAUCGUAUACCAAUCUUGAUACCGUCCUAUCCUCCUCUCGAGCUUUAGUCAACUCGCUACUACGAUCACAAAAAUCCGAUACAUGGUAUCUCGAAACGGCAUUUUAUAUUUUGGUUGCAACUAUCGCGUGGCUACUUUUUAGAAGGAUCCUUUACGGACCAAUGUGGUGGCUUGCUUGGAUGCCGGUCAGAACACUCUACAGAUUUUUUGCAUCUGUUCUCGGUGUGGCCGGUUUUUCAGGGGCCGUCACUACUACAUCCGCCAUUGGCGAGAAUGCGCCAGUACUAGAGACCCCCGACUCCAGGACUGGAAAGGAGAGUGAAGAAGAUAACAUAAUGAAAAAAAUUGGGAAGAUGGCUGGAAAAGAAACAACAAGCGAUAACGAGAGAUACGAAGAUUACGAUGGACCACGGAAUCCGAAGAAACGGAUGUGGGAGGAGGAUGUAACGCGCAAAGACGAACUAGCUGCUGCGGCGGCAACUAGCUCUAAGCAAAAGCCGACAGACAACAAGGAAGACCAGACGCGAUUACAACCAUGGGUCGAGAAAUACCGACCCAAAUCGCUAGAUGAUGUCGCUGCGCAAGAUCACACCACCACCGUUCUCCAACGAACACUACAAGCCUCGAAUCUGCCUCACAUGCUUUUCUACGGCCCACCUGGUACCGGUAAAACCUCCACCAUCCUCGCUCUGGCCAAGUCUCUCUUCGGCCCCGUGCUGUAUCGUACACGUAUUCUCGAACUGAACGCCUCCGACGAACGAGGUAUCAACAUCGUCCGUGAAAAGAUUAAGGACUUUGCACGCACACAGCUAUCGCAACCGACUGGCUUGGACGCUGCUUAUCGCGAGCAGUACCCAUGCCCACCAUUCAAGAUCAUCAUCCUCGACGAGGCGGAUUGUAUGACACAUGACGCACAGUCUGCCCUGCGUAGAACAAUGGAACAGUACAGCCGAAUCACGCGUUUCUGCUUGGUGUGCAACUAUGUCACUAGGAUCAUAGAACCAUUAGCCAGUCGAUGCAGCAAAUUCCGAUUCAAGGCUCUAGACGGUGUUGCGGCGGGUGAUCGAUUGGAGGAUAUUGCAAAAGCAGAAAAUUUAGUGUUGGAGAAAGGGGCAGUGGAAACUUUGAUCAGGUGUAGCGAAGGCGAUCUUCGUCGAGCUAUUACCUACAUGCAGAGUGCUGCAAGGCUGGUUGGCGCACAGCAGAAAAAGCAGCAGGAAGGAGGAGAUGGGGACGUUGAGAUGGGCGAUGCCGAUUCAUCAUCAAUCAUUACAAUCCGAACAAUCGAGGAGAUUGCGGGGGUGGUUCCGGAAAGCGUGCUUGAUAGGUUAACGCAGGCUAUGCAGCCAAAGAAACUGGGAUCAGCCUACGAGGCAGUAGCAACAGUGGUUUCAGACAUCGUUGCCGAUGGGUGGAGUGCUACACAGAUAUUAUCACAGCUAUACCAGCGAGUUGUUUUCAACGACGCUAUUCCUGAUAUCCAAAAGAACAAAAUCGUGGGCGUUUUCUCGGAGAUGGAUAGGAGGCUUAUUGAUGGCUCGGAUGAGCACCUUUCGAUCCUAGAUAUGGUAAUGAGGAUUUCUGGCAUUCUGGGUUCCUGAGUUUAUGUAUAGCUAAAGCUAGUGGCCAAAUUCAAUAAUAGCUGAUUAACGAGGUACGGAUAACGGAUUCAAAACACAGGCAAUUUAGAUUUGCAAUCGACUCGUAAGGACAGGCAAUCUGUUAUGGUAGCAUCAACGUUUGGCAUGAAAAAGAAAGAUUUUCGACUUGAUAGUUGAGUAAAAUUCAAUUUUUUUGCUCAGCGUUCAUCACCCAGUAUUGUGUUUAGCAUCCCAAGUGCUGUUCAGACUUGCU